UUGUUUUUCUGGGUCGGGUCAAUUGUGCGUUGUGAAUGCAUACGUGGCGAAUAACAAUUGGCUAAGUCUCUCCCGAUGACGAUUCUUCCUCCUUAUUCAUCUUCUUCCAUGGCUACCAAAUCUAUUUUCUUCAGCUACUAAUGUAUGAAAUCGUGAAUAGCUAAGGGUUCAGGAUCUCCGCGAGGAUACAGAAACUUGAAAGGAAUUAGAGGAGAUGAUGAGGUUACAAACCUAUGCGGGGCUUAGCCUAAUAGCUACACUGGCUGUUAUUUAUCAUGCCUUUAAUAGCAGAGGACAAUUUUAUCCAGCAAUGGUUUAUCUGUCAACUUCCAAGAUUAGUUUGGUGCUUCUUCUCAAUAUGGGUCUUGUUGUCAUGUGCAUUUUGUGGCAGUUGACUAAGAAAAUCUUCCUUGGUCCCCUUCGAGAGGCUGAGGUGGAGAGGCUGAACGAGCAGUCUUGGCGGGAACUCAUGGAAAUACUUUUUGCCAUCACAAUUUUCCGGCAGGACUUCUCUGUUACCUUUCUUGCAAUGGUAACGGCUCUCUUGCUUAUCAAGGGUUUGCACUGGUUGGCUCAAAAGAGAGUUGAGUACAUUGAAACGACUCCUACUGUUACUAGGUUGUCCCACAUUCGCAUAGUCUCCUUCCUGGGUUUUCUCCUCUUCAUAGACAGUCUCUUUUUGUACGACUCCAUGAACUAUUUGAUACAGACAAGACAGGCAUCUGUUUCUCUCUUCUUUGCAUUUGAGUACAUGAUACUUGCAACAACAACUGUCUCAACUUUUGUAAAAUAUGUCUUCUACAUAAGUGACAUGCUUAUGGAAGGACAAUGGGAGAAUAAGCCUGUCUAUACUUUCUACUUAGAACUUAUCCGAGACUUGCUACACUUGUCUCUGUACUUGUGCUUCUUCAUGGUGAUUUUCAUGAACUAUGGCGUGCCCCUGCAUUUGAUUCGGGAGCUUUAUGAGACAUUCCGCAACUUCAAGAUUCGAGUUGCCGAUUAUGUACGUUAUCGGAAGAUUACUUCAAAUAUGAAUGACCGUUUUCCAGAUGCUACACCAGAAGAGCUCAAUGCAAGUGAUGCUACCUGCAUCAUUUGUCGUGAGGAGAUGACCACUGCUAAGAAACUUAUUUGUGGGCAUCUGUUUCAUGUGCAUUGCCUCCGCUCAUGGCUAGAACGUCAACAUACCUGUCCUACCUGCAGAGCUCUUGUUGUGCCAACUGAAAACGGGACAAAUGUGGUAGGAUCACAACCAGAUGUGCAACAAGGCCCUGGAUCAAGUUCAGCAAGUGCAUCUCAGAGUUCGCAAGCAAACACCACGCCAAGUAAUAAUGUUAGCCAGCACCAAGCUAGAAUCCAAGCUGCAGCAGCAGCAGCAGCAAUUUAUCAGAAGUCUUUUGUUUAUCCUUCUGUACCAACACUAGCGUGGUCUCCUGGAUAUGCUCCAGUUCCUCCGUCCCAUAGUCCAGUGGGCAGUUCUGCCAAUGUGCUCUCAGAUGGGGAACGGGCAUUGAAUGUACAAUCACCACACGAUCAAUUAGCAAAUAUGCCCUUUGCUCAAUAUCCACAAUCUAGUUUUCUCCCUUUCCAAUAUCCAGGUGCUAACAACCUUGGUAUUCCAAAGGCUCAACUUGAGGCCCAUAAGAUACUUUUACAGCAACAAAUUGAGCUUAAUUCUCAUUCAAUUAUGCCACUGGUGUAUACUGUAUCUGUGUCAGGUUCUGCAAACCCAGCUCAAGCUUUUAGAGCAUCCAAACACACAAAAAAAAGCAGAUGAUUUAGGAAUUUCUGACAGUAAAGGGAAAGCAAUUUCAUCAGAGAGUUCUCGAGGACAAGUCGAAGGUGCAGAAAUAUGAAGCUAGCAGAAUUGUAUAUUUUCAAACGUACAGUUAGAAAUAGUAACAAUUGAGCAAUGGAAUUUAUAAGAGGUUGUUCUGUAAGUUGUACAAUUCUCGAGCGCUAUGGAAAGUGUUGUAUUUUAGCUCAGCAACUGAUUAUUUUUCUCUCUGAUAGCAUUAUUUCUUCCUGAGAAUCUCAAAAUCUUGUACGCCUUGUGAGUUUUAACUUUUCACUUAUGGUGUAUACAUAAAUCUUGUACGACUGUGUCAAGUUCGUUUGCUAAUUCAAGAGCCAUAUAAACUACUUUCUGUA